GUGGUUGUAGGGAGGUUUCGUUUUCUGUUCAACGCCCAUGUCUUCAGGUCAUCACGGAAAAUCACGGAAGUAGGAAAUAGUUUCUGGUGCAGCUGACGCGCAGUCCAACCGUCUUGUAGAAACAUAGCAGGUUGAUUUAAUUCUUGCAACAUCGGUCACUAUGUCAGAGAAAGACGAGGAGACAUUCAAGUCUGUGGACUUGGAACAGCAAACUCAAAAGUCUCCGGAACCGGACAUACAUCCUCAACAACCUCCCAGUGAAACAGAUAACCCCAGUACACCCAGUGCACCCAGUGCACCUCCUGCAGAGGCCAAGGCAGAAACAACCCCCUCUGCACGUACUUCAGCGGUCAAAGCUAAAUGGAAAUCAUCCGCAGAACAGUUUAAAGUCAAGAGAUUUUUUGUCCUCAGGCCUGGAACAUUGGACCAAGGCAUUGAAGAUGUUAAAUCUCUGGUGGAUCCCACAGAAGAUGGUCCUGUUCAGAGUGUUUGGCUUAUGGCUGAGGUUGAUCAUUGGAACAAUGAGAAAGAGCGUCUGGUGCUCAUCACAGAGAACAACCUCCUCAUCUGCAAGUAUGACUUUGUCAUGCUUAACUGUGAGCAGAUCCAGAAGGUUCCACUCAACAUCAUUGACCGCAUCAGCCAGGGUGCCUUCUGCUUUCCACCACAUUCCCUCCUGAAGAGAGAAGGUGAGGGUGUGCGGGUGUUUUGGGAUAAACUCAGAGAACCAUCUUUCACGUCCCGUUGGAAUCCUUUUGCUAUUGACUAUCCUUUCUCUACAUUUACCUAUCACCCUGUCAAGGGUGCCAGUGAGCAGCUGGGUCGCCUGUGUGAGAUUCAAAACUUCAAGGAGGAGCUGACUUUGGCAGCGCAGAAAGCCCACAGCAAGAAUCCUGUACCUGGGAAAGCUAACGGGGUUCUUGUGCUGAAUCAACCCAUUCUAAUCGAAGCAUACGUGGGUCUGAUGUCUGUCAUAGGCAACCAAAACAAGCUGGGCUACUGCUUAGCACGAGGCAAUAUCGGUUUCUGAGGGCACAUUGAGUCUUCCAAUAAUUGUUUGCACUAAGUAAUUCUCAUGCACCAGCUAAGCAUGUAAUUUAUACUUAUUUGGGAUAAUUUCGUAUGUUUUAAAUCAAGAAGAAUGUGUCAUUUAUAUUCCUAAAAUACAUUUAUCUAUACUGUUAAUGUCCAUCAAACCUUUCAGUUUCAUCUAGUUAUAUUAGCCCCAAAAUCUUUUUAAAUAACAAUGUCAAUCAGGCAUUUCCUUUGGGUUGUGUCAUAGCAUACAAAGUAUGUUGUACCUCCUCCUACGACUUCCUGUGUAGAAAUAUAUUUGGUAUGUUAUUUCUCUCCAGAAACCUUGUAAUGUGCCUUUUCUUUCUUUCUUUCUUUCUUUCUUUCUUUCUUUCUUUCUUUCUUUCUUUCUUUCUUUUGCUGAUAUCCUACCUCAUCACAAUGCUUCUUAAAGGCCAGUUGAUGCAUACAAGUAAAUAAUUCAUUUUUGAUUGAUGGUUUAGGGUUUUAUUACUGCAUCAGAAUGCAGUACUGGAUUUUCCCUGAUUGUGUAAUUAGAACAUUCACUCAGUGGUUUUGGUACGUUUCUACAACAGAAUGUCAAACAAACUGUAAAGCCUUUAUAAAAUAAAUGGUAAUACAGAAA